AUGGCAGAAACAGAACAAGAGAACCAAACAGAAAUCACGGAAUUCCAGUUGCUGGGAUUUGUAGGGCUUGGAGAUCUGCAGAUUCCUCUCUUCUGCCUCAUCUUAGUUAUCUACCUUGUUACCAUGGUUGGGAAUAUCCUCAUCAUUUUGCUGGUUGUUACCGAUCCCCACCUUCACACCCCCAUGUAUUUCUUCCUGGGUAAUCUGUCUUGCCUGGAGACCUGCUACAGUUCUAACAUCCUUCCAAUGAUGCUGGCUAAUCUCUUGCAUGGUGGGCGAAGAACAAUUUCUGUAACAGGCUGCAUGAUACAAUAUAACUUUUUUGGUCUUUUGGCAGCUUCUGAAUGUUUUCUCCUAGCAGCAAUGUCCUAUGAUAGGUAUUUAGCAAUCUGUAAGCCACUGCAUUACACAACACUAAUGAAUGAUAGAGUUUGCCUCCAACUUAUAGCUGGAUCAUGGAUCAGUGGUUUAGUUCUUAUGACCAUAGUUUUAUAUUUAAUGCAGCAGUUAAAGUUCUGUGGCCUUGGUGAGAUCAAUCAUUUUUUUUGUGAAUUCAAUCCAAUAUUAAAGUUAGCAUGCAGUGACACUCACUUGAUUGAACUUGUCAGUCUUUUAUUUUCUGUUCUGUGUAUCUUGUUUCCUUUAUUCUUGACUUUGGCCUCUUAUAUUGUCAUUAUUUCCACCAUCAUGAGAAUGGCAUCUGUCAGUGGGAGGAAAAAGGCUUUCUCAACCUGCUCCUCACACCUUAUGGUGGUGUCAAUUUUCUAUGGCACUAUGAUGAUUGUCUACAUAUUGCCCAAAACAGAUAGACUGCGAAACAUCAACAAAGUCUUGUCUCUGUUUUAUACAAUCCUGACCCCUUUGUUCAAUCCCCUGAUAUACAGUCUACGAAAUAGGGAGGUAAAAGAGGCCCAUAGAAGAGCAGUUGCUAAAUUGUAUAAAACUGAAAAAGUGCACUGCUGUAAUUUAUUAUGA